CAAAUUUUCUUGGCAAAAUUCUAAACCACGUUCUCGCCGGUCCUGUCCACUCUACUUCCGUUGCACAUCCAAUACAUCCGUAUCCGGAUCCGCUUCCGAUUCCGGUUCCGAAGAGUAACGUGAACGUCACGCGAGUGACAGGGAGAGAGAAACCAGACUAAGACGUAAUCUGGACGAACGGAUGACCCAGAAUAGUCUACCAAAAGGAUCAAAUAUCUGCGGAUCAAUGAAUCUGCAUUGAAGCGGAGUUUCAAGCGAUAAAAGAUAAAAGAUCAAGAUCAGGAGGUAUCAAACAUCGUCACGCCAACCGAUAGAAGGAAGUAUCCAAGACGGGAAAGGGAAGAAGGCUUUUGAGACUCUUAAUCGGGGCUCCUAUCAAUUUAUUUCUAUCAAUGGUUCGACCAAAAGCGGCCCAGCCACAAGAGGCAGGCGCAUCCAUGGCUACUCAGGCGACUAAACGACCGGAUAGCUCCGCUAACUCUGGCGGACCCGCCAACUCUGCAAAGGCCCCCAUGUCCGAGGUGCUCAACCUGGACAGUAUCAUCUCCCGCCUGCUGGAGGUGCGUGGCUCUCGUCCCGGCAAGAACGUUCAGCUGGCGGAGGGUGAGAUACGCGCCCUCUGUCUGAAGAUGCGCGAGACCGUGCUGACGCAGCCCAUACUCUUGGAGCUGGAGGCGCCGCUGAAGAUCUGCGGCGACAUCCACGGUCAGUACUAUGACCUGCUGCGGCUGUUCGAGUACGGCGGCUUCCCGCCAGAGUCCAACUAUCUUUUCUUGGGUGACUACGUCGACCGCGGCAAGCAGUCGCUGGAGACUAUUUGCCUGCUGUUGUCAUACAAAAUCAAGUACUCUGAAAACUUUUUUCUGCUGCGCGGUAACCACGAGUGCGCCAGCAUUAACCGUAUUUACGGCUUCUACGACGAGUGCAAGCGCCGCUACUCCAUCAAGCUGUGGAAGACCUUCACCGACUGCUUCAACUGCCUGCCAGUGGCGGCCAUAGUCGACGAGAAGAUCUUCUGCUGCCACGGCGGCCUCAGUCCGGACCUCACCGCAAUGGAGCAGAUUCGCCGCAUCCCGCGGCCCACCGACGUCCCUGACCAGGGCCUCCUCUGCGACCUGCUCUGGUCCGAUCCCGACAAAGACACCGUCGGCUGGGGCGAGAACGAUCGCGGGGUUAGCUUCACCUUUGGCGCGGAGGUUGUUGGUAAAUUCCUCCAGAAGCACGACCUCGAUCUCGUCUGCCGUGCCCACCAGGUGGUCGAGGAUGGGUACGAGUUCUUUGCCAAACGCCAGCUGGUCACCCUCUUCUCGGCCCCCAACUACUGCGGCGAGUUCGACAAUGCCGGCGCCAUGAUGUCCGUCGAUGACACGCUUAUGUGCUCGUUCCAGAUCCUUAAGCCCGUCGAGAAGCGCAAAAAGUAGGCGCAAGGAGUUGGCGCACUCCUACUAUAGCACCAGAGUAAACAGAUGUUCCAAAUUCCAAAGCUCUAUAGAGGUUAUUUAUGUUGAUUAAAAUAAAUAGAUAUUUU